AUGCCCGCCCCCAUCGACAUAAUAGAUCCUCUCGCCGUCGUGCGUGACCUCUACGACGACGAGAAGCUGGUGGUUGACGACUUCGAGCGUCAUGCUGGCCACUGCCGCAAUUGCUCCCACGCUGUUCAGACAUACAAGGAUGGCCUUACACUCUGCGAGUCGGGUAACACCCGCGCCCGCACUCUCCACAACUACCUCUUCAGCCAGAACGGCAAGCACUUCUCUACUGUGGACUUUGAGAGUGGCAAGUCGACGCGGGUGAAGCUGCCCCGGGAUGCCUUCGCUGCCCGCGAGCUUCUCACAGCCCUCGAGCAAGGCAUGCGCAUCCGCGAGAAGGCCGUCGUCGUCCAGAACCCAGUCCAGCCCGUCCAGUCGGCCCAGUCCUCAAGCUACGACCGGACCUACCCCGUCCCAGCUCGUAAGGUCAGCGGCAAGCAGACUCGUCCUCGCUCCAUGUCCCCCGAGGCUUACCAGCUCAUCGAGAGGGCCCCGCGCCUUUCUCGCUCGCCUACUUCCAUAAUGUACCGCUCGCCCGGUGGCUCUCCCAGCCGCCCAUCCUCCAGCCGUGGGUCAUUGUACAGCGUCGACCGACAGGAGCGUGUGGAGCGCCACUACGAGACUCCUCGCCGGUACGUUGAGGGCUCCCCCAAGCACCGUUGA